AUGCCUUCAGUCAAAGAAGGCCGAGUGACCAAGCUCAAAGCGCGACAGUCUCAAACGACCACCCGGCGCGUCCAGCCCAAAAGCUUACCACUGGUCGAACGCACAAACGCACUAUCACUCAAAGACUUUAUCAGCAAAUACAUAGCCCCGCCCACGAGACGCCCAUCAGAGCCCAGAUCAACCGACUUAGAACCCGAAACAAAUGUACCCGACACACCCAUCGACGCACACUCCGCCGCGACAAUCAGCACCACCGACUUAGAAGCCUGCCUCGACCUAAUUGAACUAACAUCCGGUUCGGCCUACGCCGCCUCAGGCGGAGGCUGGUCAAGGCCCGCAAAGCGCAAAGAAAUGAAACUUCCCGACAUGAAAUACCUAAUCGUGCGGAGUCCACCCUUGGGAACCGACGCAGCCGACGAGCCGGUUUCUCGGAAUGCCGUGCUGGGGUUCAUAUCGUUUAUGGUAACCUAUGAGGAUGAGAAGGAGGUUGUCUACUGUUACGAGAUCCACUUGUCGGAAAAUGCCCGGGGAAAAGGACUGGGCAAACUGCUUAUCGGGAAGAUGGAGGAGAUUGGGCGGCGGGUUGGGUUGGAGAAGGCUAUGUUGACUGUCUUCAAGUCUAAUGAGAUGGCGAGAGAGUUUUAUCGGAGGAAUGGGUAUGUCAUUGAUGAGUACUCGCCUAAGCCGCGGAGGCUGAGGAAUGGGACGGUUAAGGAAUUUGGAUAUGAGAUUUUGUCUAAGGGUUUGAAGUAG